UCCCGAUUCCACUUCUCAGAUCCCAUCUCGUCUGACGAAAAGACAAAAAUACCCUUCUUCUGCUUCUUCGUCUCUCUUUUAAAUCCUCUCUCUCUCUCUCUCUCUCUCUCUCUCUCUCUCUCUCAUCUACCCUUCUCUUUCCCUGCAAUUCCAACCAUAUCCAACGUCAAAGGAGCCACCUUUGCUCAUCUCCAUCUCGCUUUCUUCAGAUCUCCUUUUGGUAGAGGAGUGGUUUGUGGUUUUUGACAUUAGGAGGAGAUUGUUUGUUGAGAUUUUAGAGGGAAAAAAGAAUCAUGUUUAGGCAAACUUCUAGCCGGAAUCAUAGAAGCAAAGGGUUCAAGGUAAAACACGCGUUGCAGAUAUUCCUGUUGCUUGCCGUUUGCAUCUGGUUGCUUUAUCAGGUCAAGCAUUCCCAUGAUAAGAAGAAGGCAUUUGACGAGAACAAUGCAAGGAUUGCAAACAAGGCAGAGGUUCUAGACACUACAGAUGAAAUCUUGAAACUCGGGAGGAAAGAUCUCAAUCGUGGGGUGGAAAUGGCUUCCGAGAACACGAAACGUGCAGAAGAAGAAAUUGAAGAAGAAGAGGAAGAGGAGCGCAAACCGGAAGAGCCAGAAGACGAAGAGAGAGUGGUGGAUGAAGAGAGAGGGGGUGGAGACGAUGAGAUCGACGAACAUGAUCAGGAGAGAGUUGAUGAGGAAGCCGAACGUGGAGAAGAUUUUGGGGAUGAUGAAGAGAAGGAAACCCAUGAAGAAGAGAAGGAGCAAAAUGAAGAAAAGGAAGGCCAGAAUGAAGACACUGGUUCUUCAUUGGAAGAUCAAGAUCACGAGGAGGGUGACAAGAAUUCUCAAGAAGCGCGAGAAGAAAAUUACAAAGGAGAUGAUGCUUCCAGUGCUGUGGUUCGGGACACCCAAAUGAUAAGAUCCGAAGUCGAAAAUGGAGGAGGUUCGGGAAACUUGGAUAGUGAACAACAGACAGAGAACUUGGAGAAGAACAAUGUCGAGAAUGAGAAUAAAACAAAUGACAUGGAGAAUGGCCAUAUCGAUCAGAACGGUUCCAGCCCAAUGGUCGGUGAAACUACCGUUGUUGCAGAUGGUGAGACAGUCGACAACCCUUCAGUUAAUGCAACAGCCAGUGAAGAAAAAGGUGCUGAGAUUAUCUUGUCUAAGUCGGAAAACAACUCUCUUCCUAACUCACCAGCAACAGAAUCUAAUGAUCAAACGGAAUUACAUAAUAAUGCGACAUCCGAAAAUGCAGAAACUCACGGUUCGAAUCUACAGAAUGAAAUGUCUAUCUUGGGUUCGACUCAAGAUCAAAAUGUGAUGGCCAGUACUGAAAUGUCUGAACAUGAAAAUCCCAACUCGGAACAUGCUGCAUUGGAGCAGACUGGGAAGUUUGAAACAACUGCUGGGUUGGAGGUUUCAGAUGGCAACACAACAUCUUCUCUGACUACAGAUGAUAAUACAAAUGCAGGUCAAGCAGAAGUCAACAGUUCCGAACAAAACAACUCCAACUCCCAAACUAAAUCAGAACAGACUGAGAUAUCUGACAUGACUGCCAAGUCGGAGGAUUCGGGUGAGAAUAAUGCAUCUUCUUCAACCGAGAAUGGUAAUGCGGAUGCGGAUCAUGCUGAAACCAAUGGUUCUAAACAAAAUGACUCUGACUCCCAAAUUGCCGCAUCAGAACAGACUGAGAAGUCUGACAUGAGCGCUGGGUCAGAUAAAUCGGAUGAGGACAAUGCAUCUUCUUUAACUGCAGAUGAGAAUGUAGAUGCAGUUAAGCCCGAGACCACUGAUUCUUCCAGUUCUUUUGUUACCCAAGAAGAGAAGGAUGCUCUCACAGAUCUUGGAACCUUGCCUGAGGUUGAGACCGGAGGGAGGAGCACCGAAGAUGUAGCAGCGGAGUAAUCUUCUUUGAUGAAGAAAAAGGCUGUAAGAUUUUCUAACUUAGAUAUGAGAAUUUGGUUUUAUGUAGGCUUUCUACUUGUUUUGCUUGUUUUCAAGGGAAAUGAGCAAAUGCUUAAUGUUUGAUCUCUUUAUGUUUAUCAUGCAAAUAGAAUCUCACAAGAAUUGACAGCA